GACGGGUAAAGUACAGAGAAAAGGUUGAGCUUGUGCACCCAAAGAAGAAAAAAAAAAAAACGAUGCCUUUAUUAUCAGUCUCAUCGUCUACCACUCCCAUCGUCCCUCUAUCUCUGCCCCACAACCCCAACGAGUUUCCAUCUUUCCAUUCACAAACUGUUUCAAUCCCGUGCCAUCACGCUAAACCCAACAAGUUCUACCUCGUCCAGUGUCGGGCCGCGAAGUCCCAGACCGGCCCCGUGAAGAAGCGGCAGUCAUCGUCUGCGGCUUCCUCGAGUCCCGGUAAGAGGAAGAAGAAGAAGGGAAAAGGUCUGACCAGCAGUGACGGCACUGAGAUUGUGGAUGACUUCGUCUUGGGUGACGCUGACCGUGACGGUGAGCCGUCGGGGUUGAGUAAUGGUUACCAUCCCACGCCGUUGCCCAACCCGCCGGCAGGGUUUGUGGUGGACGAUCAGGGCAGGGUUGUAAUGGCUUCGAACAAGCGGCUUGCUACAAUCGUUGAUCCUACCAACAAUUUUCCCUUAGAAUGUGUGAUAAGGAGAGUGUUCAGAAGUUCAAGAGACGAGGAAUGUAUGCUUCUGUGCCCUGUCGACACGCCUGUUCAGAUAUUGAAGAGCACGAACGUGUAUGGAUGGUCUGCUGUAAACGAUGAAGAAGUUGAAUCUAUACUUCCUGCUGCUGCCUAUGCUCUGGCAAAAAUACACAUGCACUUGGUGUACAGUGGGUUCUGCUACACUGCCCGCGGAGGAUUUUGCUACUCAGAAGAUGAUAUAUUUGAUUUCCACACAGAUGAUGGGCAAGAUGUAGAUGGGUUACCCACGGAAGGAGUGGAGAUUACAUGCUUCCAUAUGGACGGUGCGCAUUACAUGAUAUAUACUCCAUCCAAUCCGCUUCUCUUUGUCGCUGUCAAGGAUCAAAACGGGCAAUUGCAGAUCGCAGAUGAUGAUCUAUUGGAGGACCCUGCCAUAAUAAGUGCUAUAGACGAGGAGACCGAGUUCAAUGCCUUGGUGGAGGAAGAAGACGCCCUCCUCGAAUCUUUGAUUAUGGGUGAAAGAUGAUUUAUUCUAUACCAAGCUGCAAGCAGAUUAAAUCUCGAAAGAGCUAUCUAUAUACAAGGGAAAGAAAGCCGACUUUGAAGCUGGCAAAGUUUUCGUUCAUCGUGAUGUACAUGUGUUACCUUUGUUUAAUCUUUUACUAUUCGGGCCUAAGUCGCUGAACUGUUUGCCGAGUUACUCCCCGAUCUUUUUUUUUAUCUUACUAUCAAUGCUGAAGUCGCUUGAAGUUAAAUCCAACCGUCCAAAAGGACUUUAUAGAGUGACUGUCAAUUUUUUGCCAAGUA